AUGAGUAAAACCAUCAUUAUCAUUCCAUCUGUGACAUACACAUUCCAUUGUCCAUUAUCAUUUAGUGAAAUUAUUCCUAAUGAAUUAAACGGUAAAAUUGAGCCUAUGGAAUAUACUAAAUAUAUUCAUUCAAUCAAUUUACUACUUCAAUCAUGUAUUACUAAAUCAGUACUUGUUACUGGACGUAUUCCAUGUUGUAAAACAACACACACAAUGUACCAUGGGACAUCAGAUGGAAUUAGAUGUGUCACUGAAUAUUUAAAUAACAAUUCAUCAACUUUACCACCAGGUCAUUCAAUGUGUUUGAUUACAACAGAACAACCUCCAUUUGUUUGUGACUUUCUUUGUCUUUUUAUUAUGACAAACUAA